CAGGCAGGGGACAUCCUUGAUAUGUUUUCAUGUGUGUCACAACAGAUUGCAUAAAUUGGGUACUAUUUUUGAAAUGCAUUUGAGUUGGAAGUAAAUUCGUGAAGUCGAACUGAGAAUUGACCUUGCCAGCACAUUGACGGAAAUAGUGGAAGUGUGUUAAUCAUUUUGAGCAAUAUUUGAAAACAUGGAGCUGUUUUGGAGAUAUUACCUGCUCUAUAGUUUUCUUUUAUUUAUGAGUUACGCUGUAGCUGAAAAUAACGGGUAUAUUUGCGUGUUUGGAUCUGUGAAUUGUUCUUGUGAAAAUAUACAACACCAAAUGAAAGCCGACUGCUCCAAUAUGCAUCUCAAAAGUGUUCCAUAUUUUUAUAAAAAUGUGUCCUGGAUUGAUUUGAGCGAUAAUGACAUUGAAAAGAUCAGCGGUCCUUUUCCAGAGACGGUGUCGUACAUAGAUCUGUCUCGAAAUGAAAUAAAAUCAUUAAGCAGUAAUACUUUCCGUGGAUUACGAAAUUUGAAAUCAUUGAAUUUGGAGGGAAAUAAGAUUAAGAUAACCGAUUUAUAUGGACAGUUUGCAGAUUUAGAUUCACUAACUGAACUGAGUCUCAAAAGAAAUAAACAUACAGGCACAGUAGUGCUUGACAAAGUCUUUGCAGAACUGAAAUCAUUGGAGGUUUUAAAAAUUGAUGGAACAGAUAACAUCACCUUUGGAAAGGGAUUUUCCAAUUUAACAAACUUAACCAAACUUGAUUUGUCUGGAAUUACGGGACAUUGUUCAUUCACAAGGAUUCCUCAAGACAUGUUUGAAAACAUGCCUAAGUUAAAAUAUAUAGAUGUUUCAGCAUGCAAUAUUAUCGACAUUGAAAAAGGUGCAUUUGGAGUUCUCCCUCUACUACAAUAUCUUGAUGUGUCCCACAACAAAAGACUCGGAUUUGCUUCACUUCCAAAUAUCACACAUAACCUUAACCAGACAUCUAUUGAUAUUUUACGUAUCAAUUGUAUUAUGUGCUUGACUGGAACAGGCUCUAAAAUCCUCAGACAUCAUCUGAUCAACAUAGACAAUACUAAUCUUACCGAGAUACACAUUGAAAAGAACAGACUUGAACUAUUAGAACCAGGUGUGAUGAGAAAAUUUCCAAAAGCACUUAGAAUUUUGUCCCUAGGAGAAAAUAAACUGACCCAAGGGAGAUACAUUAUUGACUACUUUUUUCUUGAAAAUCUUCGUGUUUUAAAUUUGAGCGUUCAGUUACGACCUCCUCCAUAUCCUUCAUCCAUAUUUGAAGACUGCAAGGAGAAAACUGACCACAACGACUAUGCUCUAGGAAAUCCAAUUAAAGAGCGAAGAAAAGUCACGAUAAAGGACCUUUAUACAAUACAGAGGACGUGGAAUAAAACUUCUGAUGCAAAGUCUCAGCGAAAACCCCUAUAUACACUUUAUUUACCUAAAUCCUUACAGAUAUUUUAUGGGAAUUUAAGUCGGCUUUAUGCGAGCAUUCCCGAAUUUGCAAUAAAUGGUUCUAGUUUGCGUGAGUUCUAUGGACAGAACAAUUUUUUCUACUCGUGGAAUGGACCCGUGCACGGCGCAGAGGGAAUUCAGAUCCUUGACUUGUCCAACAAUUUCUGUUCUUACGUCUCUCCACAUUUUUUUAUGUAUGGUAGUGGUUUGAUAGUCCUUAAUAUAUCAGAAAAUAAUAUUGGUAAAAGCUUAUCGAAAGAUAAGGAAGGGAAAACAUUUGAAAAUCUCACAUCUAUAGAAAAUCUUGAUUUGUCACAUAAUAGCAUCGUGUCGUUAUCUGUUCAAAUGUUUAAGAACACACGGAAGUUGAAGACAUUGAAUCUGAGAAAUAACCUGUUAUCGGAAUGGCGGGUGAACUUCGACCAUUUGAAAAACAUGAAGUAUAUAAACCUCGCAAAAAACAGACUGACCACUAUUGAGGAGAGAUACCGACGCUCAUUUGAAACUUUAUUUCUAACAUCAAACCUUACUGUAGAUCUAUCGGGAAACAAGCUGCUAUGUUCCUGUGAUAAUGUAGACUUCCUGUCGUGGAUCACACGUCAUAGAAAAAUCUUUGCACAUUUUAUAGAUUAUGAAUGCUCCUCGACAAGUUCUAAAGAGUUUGAUUUUACGAAUUCAGAGCAUUCAUUGCUGUCUUUGAAAGGAAUUUGCAAAUCAUAUCUUAGUAUAUACAUCGCGACGUCUGUCGUUUUAGCUUUUAUUUUCAGUACAGCAGUUGGAAUAAUUCUACAGAAAAAUAAAUGGAAAAUUCGUUACCUAAUUUUCAAAGCAAAGCAACGUUUGAGACAAGUUGGGAGAUAUUCCAAUGAUUUUUCUUCAUCUUCAAUUUCUUAUGAAUAUGAUGCAAUGCUUUCGUAUUCAAGAAGUGAGUUAUCUUUCAUUCUAACGGAGUUUAUACCUCGAGUGGAAAAUAACUCUAAUAUAAAACUUUAUAUCAGAGACCGAGACGAGCCCUUAGGAGUAGAAAAGGGUCAAGCCAUUAUGGAUGCUAUUCAGGACUGCAAACGAGUGAUCUGUUUAACAUCAAAACGCUAUCUUAAAUCAAAAUGGCGAGACUAUGAAUUGAAUAUGGCAAGAAUGGAAGCAAUAGAAGGUAGAGAAAAUUUGAAAUUCGUCCAUUUGGUCCUUUUCCCUGAGGUGUACAACAGUGCACUUCCAAAUUCUCUUGUUGACCUGGUCCGAGACGAAUGUGUGACGGAAUAUCCCCAGGAGGCAUGCGCAUAUGACGACUUCUGGGAAACUCUGAAAGCCCUAAUUGUGGAAGACUUAUGAUAUUUAUUUAUUUGAAAAAUUCAUUAAAAUAAAUGUAAAUAACAUGCUACUUCUAUCUUAAUGUUUGCAUAGACUGUCAGAACCUGUAGCUGGAAUAAAAUGAGCUUACCAAGAAUUAAAUAUAUGCUUU